ACAGUCUCCCAAUGUCCAUGGAUCAAAACAUCACCCGCACCGGAUGCGCCCGACCCCAUGGCGCCCCACGACGAGCCUCGAUCUGCCGAGAUGGGCGCCCGAGGGCUAUGUGCACGAGACGCGAAGGCAGAGGUCGCACUGGUCCCUGGGGUCUGGAGUUCUUGCGGUCGGGAUCGCCAGGAGCGCGGCUCUUCGCCGCCGGCCGCUUCGCACAUUUGGUGCGCGUGGCGGCGAGUCGCGCGCGCCAGAGGAGCUUCGCUCCGAGCUGCGGGAGGUCUUCGAGCUGGCAGAUGCCGACGAUAAUGGCAAGAUCAGCGCCCAGGAGCUGUUAAGCGCGCUUCGAGUUCUGGGAAUCACCACAGACCUCAGCCGAGUCCGCAGCAUCGUGGCAGACCUCGACCGAGAUGGAGAUGGCGAGAUCGACUUCCAGGAGUUCAUCCAAGUCAGCUGCAGCCCGCAAAGCGAUCUCCUGCUACGCGCGGUCAACCGAGGGCGCUUCGUCUCCCGUUGGAGCGCGUUGCUUUUCGAGCAUGAUGACCCGAGCACCUGGAGUGUGCGGAAAUGGGCACGAGCCGCUCGCCGUUUAGAACAUCUCACCGAUUCCGAUCUGUCCCGCUUGCUGGAUGACCGGCUCGCAACCCCAUCUGCGGCGGUCUUUGGUGGGAGUUUUGUACCAGAGGAUGUGAAGCCACAAGAUCUUCAAAUCCCAGACAGCUGGAGUUGGGUCUAUUGGCCAAGAUCUGGCCGCCGUGCCCGUGCAGGGCAUUUCCUUCAGCUGUGCCUUUGCGAAGCUGCGAUCAGUGUGCUCUCCUGGGCACCAACGGCCUACUUGGUGAGUCGCUUGCUCCGGUGGCGCUUGCUAGUCCUGUGCUUGAAGCCAGUCCUCACUGGGCGUUUCUUGAAGCUCUUGUUCCGCCACAAGAAAGCUGGACGAGCCAUGCUUGUUUUCCUCCGAACAGACGGAGUGGAGCGCGGUGUAGUGAAUGUCCUCUAUUUGGAUACCGCCUUGGUGGAGCUUUGCCGCGAGAAUCAGGAGACUGCUCGGAUCCUUGCUGGAACUGUCCUGGGGCGGAGAGGCAUGGGCUCUUUUCUACGGCGCUUCAUCGUCGCGGUGCCUCCACAUUUGGUGAGGCGAUUUCUUCAGUACAAAGCCACGGCAAAGCUGGUCGCCAGUGUGGUCCUGAAGACCAAGGCAGAGGCCUCAGCAGCCUGGGCCCACCGCCGGCGCCAGGAGCUGCCAAUGGCAGUGGCCCGCGCAUGUGCGGUACCCGGUGCCGAGCUCUGGGCGAUGAACUUCUGCGCGACGGAGGGCAUCGAGAUCUGGCUGGCUGGUGUGCUCAACGACCCCCGCGGCGCAGGCUUCGCAAAGCGGCUCCUUUUACAGGAUGGCUUCAUCGACAAGGUGGCGGACUUCCUCAGCUUCAACGAAGCAAGACGCUUCGUGAUCCGCCUCCUACGGCAGCCGGGGGUCUACCGCUUCGUGACGUGGUUGAACCGUGAUCCUGAGAUGCAGAAGUGGUUUGCCCGCAUUGCUAAGCGCGAGGAUGUCAUGCUUUUCAUCACGGAGCUCUUGCAAGAGCCAGGUCUCGACAAGUUCAUCGUCCAACUGCUACUGCGGCGUGGCAACGACAAAGCCUUGCGAUCGAUGCUGGAUUUCUGGGUUCACACCGAGGGCUCCUUUGCUUCGGUCUUUGGCUCCUUCUCGAAGAAGCCAGGCGUCGACCGAGCUUUGGCGAGGGUGGUCAUCAGCCCAGGCUUUUUAGAUGGCUUCGUGUUCAGGAAGUUCCUUUGGCAGGAAGGCCUGGGCGACUUGGCUUUGGAAGCUGCGACGCUGGUUGGAGUGCGCGGGCUCAUGGAGACGGUGCUUCCUUUGGCCUUCGCAGUGGUCUUGGCCAUCUUGGCCUUUUACUUCCAAGGUGUGUUCAGGGAGAUUGACGUCGGAACAUUGAACCUGCGGUCACUGGAGUCCGUACUUGGUGCGGCGGUGGAGGAGGUGAGCCUUAUGGACUUGGUUCUGCCCUUUGUGGCGAGCCUGUCGGGCUUCUCGGCCGGGAGCUUCUUUCGUGCUCGGCGGGAGGA